AUCAGCAGAUGGUGAGGAGAGACGGAUAAAGGAGAGUUUUCUCUUAUAAGGGUAGGCUGGUCCUGGUGUAUACAAAAUAUAUAUAUAUAUAGUGCUAUUAACCCGUGAGAAUCUUACACAAAUACAAGAGAUAGCAAAACUCACGGAACCGACUCCAGAUCAGAGACACCGUUCUCCAGCAACAACUAGGUUUCGUGUCGGGUAAGUCUGCAGUAAGAAACAAUGUCGGCCAAGGCGAUCUCUGAACAGACUGGGAAGGAGUUCCUGUACAAACACAUCUGCACCUCGGCCGCUGUGCAGAACCGCUUCAGGUACGCCUCUGUGACAAUAGACACGGACUGGGAUCGGCUCGCUCAGGACCACCCCUGGCUCCUCACAGAGCGCCUGGUGGUCAAGCCGGAUCAGCUGAUCAAGCGUCGAGGGAAGCUUGGGCUGGUUGGAGUGAACCUUGACCUGCAGGGUGUGAAGGAGUGGCUCAAACCACGACUCAUGAAGGAAACCACGGUCGCAAAGGCUAAAGGCAUUCUCAAGAAUUUCCUCAUCGAGCCGUUUGUACCUCACAAGCAGGAGGAGGAGUUCUACGUGUGUAUAUACGCCACCCGUGAAGGAGACCACGUGCUGUUCCACCAUGAGGGGGGCGUGGAUAUCGGAGAUGUGGACUCCAAAGCGCAGAAGUUCCUGGUGGGAGUGGAUGAGAAGCUGACCGAGGCUGACGUCAAGACGCACCUCCUGGGCCAUGCGCCUGCCGACAUGAAAGACAUUUUGGCCAGUUUUGUAGUGGGCUUGUUUAACUUGUACGAAGACCUGUAUUUCACAUACCUGGAGAUCAACCCACUAGUCGUAACCAAGGAUGGAGUGUAUGUAUUGGACAUGGCAGCUAAGAUAGAUGCCACUGCUGACUACAUCUGCAAAGCCAAGUGGGGAGAUGUGGAGUUCCCUCCUCCCUUUGGCAGGGAAGCCUACCCUGAGGAAGCUUAUAUUGCCGACCUGGAUGCCAAGAGUGGAGCCAGUCUGAAGCUGACCAUUCUCAACCCCCGGGGCAGGAUCUGGACCAUGGUGGCUGGGGGCGGAGCCUCUGUUGUCUACAGUGACACCAUCUGUGACCUGGGUGGAGUGGACGAGCUGGCUAAUUAUGGAGAGUACUCUGGAGCCCCUAGCGAGCAGCAGACCUACGACUACGCCAAGACCAUCCUGUCAUUGAUGACCAGGGAGAAGCACAGCGAUGGCAAAGUCCUGAUUAUCGGGGGUAGCAUUGCCAAUUUCACCAACGUCGCUGCAACCUUCAAGGGUAUUGUAAGAGCCAUCAAGGAUUACCAGGUACCCCUGAAGGAACAUGAAGUGACAAUCUUCGUCCGGAGAGGUGGCCCCAACUACCAGGAAGGGCUGCGUGUCAUGGGGGAAGUGGGUAAGACCACUGGAAUCCCGAUCCACGUGUUUGGCACUGAGACCCACAUGACAGCCAUUGUGGGCAUGGCUCUGGGACACCGUCCAAUCCCUAACCAGCCGCCCACUGCCGCCCACACUGCCAACUUCCUGCUGAACUCCAGCGGCAGUGCCUCGACUCCAGCUACAAGCCGGACUGCCUCCUUCUCCGAGAACAAGACCAACAACGAAGCCAUUCCAGCAAAAAAGGCGAAACCCGGCGUUCCUCCAGCUGUCAUUCAUUACCCUACACCGUUACUGGAGAAUUCUUUCCAGGGGACGUUUAAAGAAACACAGCAUCCUACUUCAGACAAUGCUCGAGCUAAAGCUACCACCCUGUUCAGCAGCCACACCAAGUCCAUCGUCUGGGGCAUGCAGACAAGGGCAGUGCAGGGCAUGCUAGACUUCGAUUACAUCUGCUCUCGGGUGGAGCCCUCUGUGGCAGCGAUGGUGUACCCCUUCACUGGGGAUCACAAACAGAAGUUUUACUGGGGCCACAAGGAGAUCCUGAUCCCAGUCUUCAAGAGCAUGGGCGACGCCAUGAAGAAACACCCCGAAGUCGACGUCCUCAUUAACUUCGCCUCCCUGCGUUCUGCCUUUGACAGCAGCAUGGAGACCAUGCAGUAUCCUCAGAUCCACACCAUAGCUAUCAUUGCAGAGGGCAUCCCAGAAGCACAGACCAGGAAACUGAUCAAGAAAGCAGACGAGAAGGGGGUCACCAUCAUCGGACCGGCCACGGUUGGUGGUAUCAAGCCUGGCUGCUAUAAGAUUGGAAACACAGGUGGGAUGCUGGACAACAUCCUGGCCUCCAAGCUGUACCGCCCCGGCAGCGUGGCCUACGUCUCUCGAUCGGGGGGGAUGUCCAACGAACUGAACAACAUCAUCUCCAGGACGACCGAUGGAGUCUAUGAGGGGGUGGCCAUCGGGGGGGACAGAUAUCCUGGUUCCACCUUCAUGGACCAUGUGCUGCGUUAUCAGGACACUCCAGGGGUGAAGAUGAUCGUUCUGCUCGGAGAGAUCGGUGGCUGUGAAGAGUACAGGAUCUGCCAGGGGAUCAAGGAGGGCCGGAUCACGAAGCCCAUGGUGUCCUGGUGUAUUGGGACCUGCGCCACCAUGUUCUCCUCCGAGGUCCAGUUUGGCCACGCAGGAGCUUGUGCUAACCAGGCCUCUGAGACUGCUGUAGCCAAGAACCAGGCCCUGGCAGAGGCUGGAGCCAUCGUGCCCAAGAGCUUUGACGAGCUGGGUGACGCCAUCAAGUCUGUGUAUGACGAGCUUGUUGCUAAGGGUGUGAUCGUACCUGCAAAAGAGGUGCCUCCUCCCACGGUGCCAAUGGAUUACUCGUGGGCUCGGGAGCUGGGUCUGAUCCGCAAGCCGGCCUCCUUCAUGACGAGUAUCUGUGACGAGCGGGGGCAGGAGCUGAUCUACGCAGGGAUGCCCAUCACAGAGGUGUUCAAGGAGGAGAUGGGGAUCGGGGGAGUGCUGGGACUGCUUUGGUUCCAGAGGAGGCUGCCUCGCUAUGCCUGCAAGUUCAUUGAGAUGUGUCUGAUGGUCACUGCAGACCACGGGCCCGCUGUGUCAGGAGCUCACAACACCAUCGUCUGUGCCAGAGCCGGGAAGGACCUCAUCUCCAGCCUCACCUCCGGGCUGCUCACCAUUGGGGACCGGUUCGGUGGUGCUUUAGACGCAGCAGCCAAGCAGUUCAGCAAAGCCUUCGACAGCAGCCUCAUCCCCAUGGAGUUUGUGAACAAAAUGAAGAAGGAAGGCAAGCUGAUCAUGGGGAUUGGGCACAGAGUUAAAUCAAUAAACAACCCAGACAUGAGGGUUCAGAUUCUGAAGGACUAUGUGAAGCAGAACUUCCCAGCCACUCCUCUGCUGGAUUAUGCUCUGGAAGUGGAGAAAAUCACUACUUCCAAGAAACCCAACCUCAUCCUCAACGUUGACGGCUUAAUUGGCGUGGCGUUUGUGGACUUGCUGAGGACCUGUGGGGGCUUCACGCGGGAGGAAGCCGAUGAAUACGUGGAUAUUGGAGCCUUGAAUGGCAUCUUCGUAUUAGGCAGAAGCAUGGGCUUCAUCGGACACUAUUUGGACCAGAAGAGGCUGAAGCAGGGUUUGUACCGCCAUCCUUGGGAUGACAUCUCCUAUGUUCUUCCUGAACACAUGACCAUGUAAUAUCAAAGAAGCCCUGGAGUGCCACCUAGUGGGCAGUUGAAGGAUUUUUUUUUUUCUGCACUAUAUAGAAAACUGAUGUACGGAGCUGGGGAGGGUUUUGGGUUAACUAUUAUAUUUUCUUCAUAUUUUUUGAGUGUAACAUGACAUGC